AUGCCUUCUCCAUUCCAGCAAAAGUACUCCACCCAGAGCCACAAGGUCUUUGGAGACAACACCACUCCAGCCAUGCCAGAGGCACCCAAGCAGGAGGCCGACCGUCGCUCCUCAGAGUCGUCAGUCGGCUCCUCAUCUUACGACGGACGCCGCAGGUCUUCUGCCGCCCAGCGAUUUGGAAACCUAGAAGCCCUUAAGCGUCGUCAAGACGAGGAGAGCAUGGCCCGAAGGCAAUCUUUCCACGACGCAUAUGGAAAGCCUGGCUUCCUUGGAACCCUGUGGAACAACUUCACUCGUGGUCCCGUUAGCCCCCCUGGCCAGAAGUAG